GAAUCUCCGACCGAGCGUCAGUUCUUCCUCUUGAGACCUCGACUCCUGUCAUGUUUGAUCUUGAAAUCAGAAGCUGCUGGGAUUAAGACGUGUCGAAAUGCAGUUGACUCAAGUCGCCUUGCUGCUCGCCUGGUUAACAUCGCGUGUCAACGUCUUAGCUGCUCCUGGACUAGAAAACAGUCAUCAUGUGAACAGCAACAUCAACAGUGACUACGAAUACUCGUCCGUGACAACAGAAGCCAAUUUUCUGAGCCAGGAAGAACGGAAAAUGAUCCAGGAAAUGAUCAAGAGUGUUUAUCAUCCCCUGCCGCCUCGCACGAUGAUGAUUACUAAGAAAGAAGGUUUUGGGAGGACCAGUCGACUGAUACGACUGCCUUCGCAGAUGACUUGUCCUCGUGGACAAAUGCUGGACUUCACAGGACAAUGCGUCGGUGUUUGGAAUCAAAGUUCCCUGAACCAGUGGAACGUUCUUCCCGAUCUGGUUAUCGAGGAGAUUUUUGGAUAUUUGGACAUCAAAGAGAAAUAUUAUGCGUCUCUCGUCUGCUCGAACUGGGCCUACAUGUUCAAAUCGCCGCGAGUGUGGAGAAAAUUUAUUUUGGACGACGCAACCCUUACAAGAAGGAAAUUCAACUACUUUUUGGGUUACCAGCGAGUUUUGGACCACCUGCGGACUUCAGUAUUCUUGUACAAGGUAGCAGAUCACAUCCGGAGCAUUUUCAUUCACCCCAUGACAAAUUUCUUCAACAUGUACGAAUUCAUGAACAUGGCAUCUUCGUAUGUGGAACGGGAGCCCGGUGUUUUGUCUAUGAUCCACACUCUGAGAUUUACCUUCUCAUGUCACUUGGCUCACGAAACCAGGGAUGAAAAUAUUUUUGGAACCGGAGGAGAGAUUCUGCGUGGUUUGAAGAGAUUUAUGAAUGCGUUACCAGCUCUGCAGAACUUGGAACUCAACGACCUGCUCUUGGACAACGCUGAUGCUCGACAUCUUCUGGACGAGCUUUGCUACAGCAACUGCCAUAAAUUGAGAACCUUGAGACUCGUCAAUGUGUCCAAAGAACCCUGUCCUUUGAUGCACGUCGGCAUUUUUGUUGCCCUGAGAGAACUUUGGCUCUCGCCUGUCACAAUUGGCGACGAGGUCGUCGUUCUGCUCGGAUCGUCGAAGGUGCGGGACCUGAUCAUCUAUCAGGAUAAACACUCGGAAGAAGCUCCUCCGGUGAACCGGAAAUCAUGGAAAAAAUGCGCCGGAAACAACCCUGAAUUGAGGGUGCACUUGUUGAUUCAAGGCCCGUCUGUUCGGCGAGACCACAUUUGGCAACCCGGUGCCCCGGUAGCAUCAGUCAUCUAUGAAACUCCAACUUCUCGGAUUUCUCCAUGGGGAUUGAUGACAGUCGUGGAGAACUAUUCGCAAACCCUAAGAGCCUUCGGCCAUGUCGGCGCUCCGCAUUUCCAGUCCCCGAAGAAAUUCAGCGAACGCUUCGACUCCAUGCUGGUGUUGCUGUGCCGGAGUUGCCGGCAACUGGAAACCCUGGUUAUUCGGGAACGGGUGUCGACGUGUACAUUGCUUCUGAUGGCCUCGUCAGCGACGAGUUUACGACGAUUCAUCGUGCGACGCAACGCUGUCGUUUUGCGGAAUGAUUGGCCCGCGAAUCCGGAGUGGACACCCGUGUUUCGACAAUGGCUGAAGCGGAAUUCGCGGUCCUACGAAAGGACUGAGGCGGAAAUUGGCAACGGGAUUGGACACGUCGGAUGGAAGAUGUUGCCUGAUGUUCGUUUCAAGGCAGUGAAGCUCGACGUGCGACAGUUCCCCCUUGACAAGAAAACCACGUCGACUUCAAGCUGUUUCCAGACGUCGUCGAGACAGCAGGAUGCUGUCAUAAACGCCUUUGUCACUCGACAUGUGCCCGUCAUGGAACGACGGUCCACAGCGCAAUUCCUCACUGACGCGUGUCAACUCUCCCGUUAUCCCGACAUGGCGAUUACGAACAACAUGGCGUACACAGAAAAAGUUCUGUGCGAAGUGGAAAAUUCCUAA